AUGGUGGUGGCAGUGGUUUUGGUGUUGGGGGUAGUGGUGGUGGUGGUUGCUGAGGCUGGUGGUGGUAGUGGCGACGGCGGCAAUGACGGUGACAAUUAUGGUGGUGGUGGUUGUGGUGGUGGUGGUAGCGGUUGUGUUGGCGGCGGCAGUGACAAUGGUAGUGGUGGUGGUUGUAGUGGUGGUGGUGGUGGUGGGGGUGGUUGUGGUGUUUGUGGUGGUUGUGGUGGUGGUGGUAGCGGUUGUGUUGGCGGCGGCAGUGACAAUGGUAGUGGUGGUGGUUGUAGUGGUGGUGGUGGUGGUGGGGGUGGUUGUGGUGUUUGUGGUGGUUGUGGUGGUGGUUGUGGUGGCUGUUGCGGUGAUGGUGGAUGCUAUGAACUUAUGGCUGACAAUGAAGAAGCACAUGAUACACAUGUUGAUGCUAUUCAGGAACUGUCAAUGAUUCAAAAUAACGUGAUUACACAGCAGUUGGAGGAAGUGACAAGAAGACUUGCUGAGUUAUCACAGACAGUUAUAGAAACUUCAAAGGCCCCACAAAUGUUUCAUUUAAACCCUAUUCAGAGAAGUACAAAAUCCGAAGAAACUUUCUAG